AUUAGCAUCUCUAAAGUAUGGGAAAAAAUGACCGGAUCGGCAUUUGCCAUCCACAAAUCAAAAUCACCACACACUCUAAUUUUAAUUAGCAAUUGAGAAUCAUGCAAUGCUAAGCCACGAAUUGACUGACACUAGGCCAUUCAUUUGUAGCCUCAGUUUUACGCCACGAGCAUCUCUGUCUCUCUCUGUGUGUAAACCUCUCCUACAAUAAUAAAAAGGCAAGGAGGUGAAGAACAAAAAGUAUCUGCUACCCAAAAACAUCUCCCACAAUAAUAUCAUCUUUAUCCUUUCAUUUGCACAAGAAGAAGAACAAGAACAAGAAGAGAUGGGAGUGGUGGUAAUAGAUGGAUCCACGGUCCGUAACUUUGUGGAGAAUGAAGCCCACUUCAAGAAGAGCGUGGAAGAUACGUUCGCCAAGCUGGACCUUAACAACGACGGGGUGUUGUCCCGCUCUGAGCUCCGACGAGCCUUCGAGUCGCUGCGUUUGGUGGAAACCCACUUCGGAGUGGACGUCACCGCCACACCAGAGCAGCUGACUCAGUUGUACGACUCUAUCUUUGAGUCUUUUGAUUGUGACAAAAGUGGCACCGUUGAUAUUGAAGAGUUUAGAACUGAAGUCAGGAAAAUAUUGCUUGCGAUUGCUGAUGGGUUAGGAUCCAGUCCCAUCCAGAUGGCUCUUGAAGAUGAUGAUCAGAGUUUUCUCAAGCAGGCUGCCGAUCUCGAAGCCUCUAAGCUUCAGUCUUCUGUUUCUUAACUAAUUUAGAUCCGUUUUCUAUCUUGCCUGUCAAAUCUUUUUAUCUUUACAUCUUAUAAGGCUUUUGUUUGUUCCUACCUUCUUUAUCUGUUUUUCAAUAUUUCAAUAAAUUUUGGCAAUUUAAUCUCUUCUCAGA